CGUUUACACAUUCAUAUAUACAAAUACACGUAAUUUACUUUUUUACUAUAAUAAUUUCAUAUUUUUGUGUAACAAUAACAGUAAAAUAAUUUAUUUUACUUUUUAUAAAAUUAAAAAUUUUAAAGUUUUAAUAUGUAACUAAUAAAUAUAUCGAUGUUAUAUUAACAUUGAUUUUAUCAACUUUAUUAUACAAUAACAAAAAAAAAUUUCCUUGGUAAAAAAAAAAAUAGAGUAAAAAAAGAGUAAAAUAAAAAUAACUAACCUCAAUCAAAUUUCACAACAUUUAAUGAAAAUAAAAUAAAUAUAAAAAAAACAUAAAUGGAAAACGAACAACUAAAAGAUGAAGUUAUUGCUCUGGAAAGUAUUUACACAUCUGAAGAAUUUUCAUAUAAUAAAAUGAAAAAUCAUUACGAAUGUAUAUUAAAAGCAUUUGUAAAUUUAAGUGAUAAUUUUUAUUUAACAUAUAAAGAUACAAGAAAAAAUGAUCAAGUACCUGAAGAAAAAAUUUUAAUAUCACGUCUACCACCAAUAAUUUUAUCAGUAAAAUUACCAAAUGAUUAUCCAACAAAAUCAUCACCAGAAUUUUCAUUACGUUGCUCUUGGUUACGUCAACAAAUUAUUGGAAAAUUAUGUAAAAAACUUGAUGAUAUUUGGAUUGAAAAUAAAGGUCAAGAAAUAUUAUUUACAUGGAUGUCAUUUCUACAAUUUGAAACUCUUAAAUAUUUAGAUAUCGAAGAUAAUUUAAAUAUCAAUCAUGCAUAUACAUCAUAUAAUAUUUUUUUAGAAAAACAAAAUAAUAUUAAAAUUGUUAAUUCAAAUGAUGGUAAUGAAGCAUGUGGUAUACAAAAUAAAUUAAAACAAAAAAAAAACCGUAAAUAUAAAAAUAAAAGUAUAAUCGAUGAACGAGCAAUUGUUGAUAGACCAAGAGAUAAAAAUCCAGUACAAUAUUUUAUUGAUUAUAAUGAUUUACGUUUAUCAAUUGAAUUUAAAAAAAAUUAUUUUAUAUGUAAAAUAUGUUUUUUGGAUAAAUCUGGUGAAUCAUGUACACAAUUUAAACCAUGUAUGCAUGUUUUUUGUAAAGAAUGCAUAAGUGGAUAUGUUAAAGUAAAAAUAACAGAUGGUCAAGUUAAAGAUAUUUUAUGCCCAGAAGAAAAAUGUACAUCUGAAGCAACUCCUGGACAGAUUAAAGAAUUAAUAAGUCCAGAAUUAUUUGCCAAGUAUGAUUCUACAUUAUUAUCAGCAACAUUAGAUACAAUGUCAGAUAUUAUUUAUUGUCCAAGAAAAGAUUGUCAGUAUCCAGUAAGUAAAGAAAAUAAUGAAAAAAUGGCUAGUUGUCCAUCUUGUCAAUAUACAUUUUGUGUUUAUUGUAAAAUGGUUUAUCAUGGUAUUGAACCAUGCAGAGUUAUUGGUAAUAAAAAUAGCCUUAUCAAAGAAUAUAUCAAUGCAUCAGAACAAAAAAAAAUUGAGCUUGAAAAUCGUUAUGGAAAAAAACAGCUUCGUAAAUAUCUUGAAAAUACCAUGUCAGAAAAUUGGAUUGCGUUGAAUGGUCGUCAUUGUCCACAAUGUAACACAGCAAUUGAGAAAACUGAUGGUUGCAACAAAAUGACAUGUGGUAGAUGUCAAACGUUCUUUUGCUGGACUUGUAGUGAACGUUUAAGCAAAGAAAAACCAUAUUCUCAUUAUGAAAAUCCACGUUCACAAUGUUUUAUGAAACUAUAUCAAGGUCUUGCUGGUUACGAAUUUGAAGAUGAAGAUGAAUUUAAUGAUUUUGAUUUUCCAGCAGAAUAUCUUGACUAUGAUUCAGAUGAUGAUGACGAUUAUUUAGAUGAAGAUUUUGUCAUUUAUUUUGAUGAAUGAACAAUUUAUACAUUUAUUAAUUAUUGUGUAAAAAAUUUUAAUUUGUAUUUUAAAUUUUUUGUUUGUCUCUAUUUUUUUUUUUUUUACUACUCGUACAGAUAUGAUUUGAUUGAAAAACUUGUUAAAACUUAGUGGAAAAUGAAUUGUUAUAAAUUUUAAAGGAAAAAAAAUUUUUUAAUUUUACAUCAAUAUACAUGUCGUAUAUUAUCACUGAUAAAUUUCUUGUGAAAGAAAUAUCUUUUUAUUUUUUUAUUUGAUACGAUGAAAAUUUUUUAUAUACAUUGUAUCAUCAGUAUGUGCUUAUCAGCUGAUACUGUAUCAGCUUGACUGUCUCAUUCAAGUAAUUUUUUAAAUUAUUAUUUUAUUAAUUUAAAAAAUAAAUAAAUAAAAAAAAUAUUUAUAUCAUGUUUUGUAAAAAGUAAUUUUUAUUAUUUUCAUUAUUAUUCAAACCUUUAUUUAAUAAAAAAAAAUUA